UUAAAUGUUUCAUUUCAGGGAACUCGUCAUUGCCAAGGCUGUUGACUAUGGCAGGUGUUUUUGAUGUAUGGAAACCUCCAGGGGAGAGUGAGCCAUUGUAUUCAUACAGUGUUAUAACAGUAGAGAGUUCCCCAUCAAUGUCAUGGAUACAUCAUAGAAUGCCGGCCAUUUUAACAUCCGAUGAGGAAAUAGAAGAAUGGCUGAACUUUGGAGAAACACCUCUCAAUAAGGCCUCCAAGCUGAUACAGCCAGUUACUUGUAUUCAGUCUCAUCCAGUUUCCAGUGUGGUUAAUAAUUCAAGGCAUAAUUCUCCAGAGUGUGUGAAAAAAAUUGACCCUAGCAAACCAAAGAAAUCUGCUGGUAGUGCUUUCAUGUCAGCUUGGCUAUCCAAAGGAGCAAAAGUGAAAUCUGAAGCAGAGCCACCAGAGAAAAAACCUAAGAUAUCAUGAAGAGUUGGUUCACCUCCUUAUUGUGAAGAGUUAUACAACUUACUGUUGACGAGUUUGUGCAUCUUCUUGAUGAAGAGUUUAUACACCUUCUUGUUGAAGAGUUAAAAAACCUCCUUCUUGGAGAGUUGAUUGUUAAAGGAUGUUUGUGAUACGUUACAGUAGAUUAGAAUGAUAUAUCGACAAUGUCAGCUUUCAUAGAAGCUAAUCUGUAUAUUAUGCUACUGUUCAACAUAAGAUGCUAAAAUAUCUGCAGCUAUGACCUUAUAAGCUUGUUCCCUAUAGUUUUUGCAGAUCUAGCCCAUUUUAGAAUGAAGUUUCAUUGACUUGUAACUGUAAUUCAUGUUCAAACACAUAUGGUGUAGCACAUCUGCCGUGGCACAUCUGCCAUGGCAUACCAACAUUAAGAAAAAAGUCUCUUUCAUUCAGUUGCAAUGGGUUAACUGGUUCUUUCCAGUUGCUGAUACCUUCAUUGUAUUUGAAAGUUUUGAUCUUUUCUUUUCUGUUGUUUUCAAGCAAUUUGAAAUAUCAUAUCAUACUAUGGACCAGUCUAGAUGGGUCGACGGUUCAGCGUUGAUAUACAAAUGUAGAAGAUUUGAAUGGACUAGUAUAACCUGUCUGCCCUAUGAAAAAUGCUUUAUCCAUUUGAUGACAUAGAGUCUUACGCUUGUCUGUUCUGAAAGCUUUAGUUUUCAAAUGUGUUCUUUUUAGCUCCCACUUUUCGGAGAAUAGGGGGGGCUAUUCUACUCACCCCGGCGUCGGCAUGAGCUUUCUUGGUUAAAGUUUUUCGGUAACCUUUGUUUUUCUAUCUUAUCUUUGUUACUAUUGCAUAUAUCUUACUGCAACUUCACAUAAACAUUGUCCAGCAUACGAACAAAGUAUGUAUAAGGGCUUGGCCCAUUAUACAUAAGGUCAAGGUCACCAUGGUGUUAUACUUAGGUUAUUUUUAAGGUUAAAGUUUUUCGGCAACCUUUGUUUUUCUGUCAUAUCUUUGUUACUAUUGCUUAUAUCUUACUGUAAGUACACGUAAACGUUGUCCAGCAUACAAACAAAGUAUAUACAGGGGCUGGGCCCAUUAUACCCAAGGUCAAGGUCACCAAAGUGUUAUACUUGGGUUAUGAGGUUUGAAGUUUUUUGGCAACCUUUGCUUUUCUGUCAUAUCUUUGUUACUAUUGCUUAUAUAUUACUGUAAGCUCACAUAAACAUUGUCCAACAUACAGACAAAGUAUGUGCAGGGGCUGGGCCCAUUGUACCCAAGGUCAAGGUCACAAAGUUGUUAUACUUGGAAUUAUUUUCAUGUUAAAUUUUUUCGAAAACUUUGUUUAUAGACAUAUCUUUGGUACUUUAAAAGAUAAUGACUUGAAAUUAAAAACAUUUCUUUUUAAUCAUAAUCUGCAUGUGUGGUUACAAUCCCCAUGACUCUUAUUGUAUUUUUGACAGAAUUAUGCCCCUUUCAUACUUAAUGUUUUUUGGCAAUCUUCGCUUUCUGGAUACAACUUUAGUACAAUAUAAGAUAAAGACUUGAAAUUAAAAUGUAUCUUUAUCAUCAUCAUCUGCAUGUGUGGUAACGAUUCCCAUAACUCUGAUUUGUAUUAUUUACCAAAUUAUGCCCCUUUCAUACUUAAAUUUUUUAACAAACUUCGUUUUCUGGACAUAACUUUGGUACUAUAUAAGAUAAUGACUUGAAACUCAAAAUAUAUCUUUACUAUCAUCAUCUGCAUGUGUGGUAACAAUCCCAAUUACUUUAAUUUGUGUUCUUGACAGAAUUAUGCCCCGUGCUGUAUCUUCCUUUUAAAAGUAGAGGUCUCUAUUUGUAGUCCUGUUUGGCGCAAUAUAACCUAUACUGUGUUGGUGCGCUGUAAAACCCAACUAAAUAAAUAUUGAGACAUAUAUUCAUUUUAUUGUCAAAUCGCCGAAUAGUGGAGCGCGCUGUCUUACGGACAGCUCUUGUUAUGUGACUUUGUUUCAUAUCUAUAAUUAUAUUCUUAACUGAUAUCCCAUGGUGUGUACGAUUUAAAUGAAAACAUAAAAAGGGCAACUGAUUAUGAUUACAAGAUUUAUUGCUCUUUGUACAUUUCGAAAGGACAGACUAUUAUUCUUUAGUGGACAGUUUUAUCCUUUGGGCACAUUUUACUAGUUAAAAGCGAGGUGUUCUAGGAAAGUACUGGUCCUGCAUCCGCUGUGUUUCAGUUGUAUUACAGCUUACACAAUAAAUCUGUGUCUGUCCUAUUGCAACUGUAAUUAAUCUGUGUUGGUUCUAUUGCAACAACAAUAAAUCAAAGAAAUUAUUAAAAUGGUCAAAGUUUAAAAUUGAGCUUUGAAAUAGACUUUUCUUUUUUACCAAAUGACUUAUGUUUUCAACAUAAUUUCCAAUUUUAAACAUUAGUCUGAGAAUCCAGUCUGACCAUUUUAAUGUUCCUUUUCUAUAUGCGAAAGUUGACAGUAUAGGACAGUCAACACCAUUUAACGCUUGUGCUUGUUAAGUUGGGUUUUUAAUGCAUACAUGUAGAUGUUUGGUGAACUUUUCGAAGUCAGAGUACCCCUGCAGCUGUAUCUGAAAAAAUAUUUUACAGAUUGUUGAAAGCUUUUUUUCUUGAAGAAAAUAAAAUAUAAAAAAAAGUC